GCGGGAUCAACCUCUGUCGGAUAAGCCGGAUCUGCUCCACCUCGGAUGGUUUUGCAUAGGGAUACUUUACGAGAUUCAGCCAGUCUCUCCACUUCUUCAAGAAAUCCGGUUACACUACCAGUGCCAUCAAAGGAGAUGUUCCAUUUGUGUACCGGAACAGUUGGUACUGUUGAUCGAGACUCCGGUUCUGAUCUGGCAGGUGUUGUGAUAAUUGGCCGGUCAAAAUUUAUCCACGGUGCAGGUAAGUGUGGAAAAGACACCCUUCGUGUGGAAUUAACCCAUCUACUUUGUGUCGGGCCCUCAGGUGUUGCUGUCCCACAAUCCUGCGACUGUGUGAGAGCUAUCGCUGGUAAUUGUUGCAGUAAUGCUCUACAUGUCUGCCUUGUCUCAUUCAUGACCCGUUCUAAUGUUAGUCCAAGAGCUAGUGAACCCUGGGAGUAA